CACUGCGUGGAGGCACCGAGCAGGGUUAGUGGUGCCGGGCAGUGCCGCGGUGAGCCAGCAGUGUCGCGGGUGUGCUGAGUUCCUGGCCCUAGCGAGGACUCUCUACCCUCUCUCCCGUAGCACCGUCACCCGUCUCCGUGUGUCAGAGCAGCGUCUCCGUGCCACCAGGUUCACCCUCGGCAGCCUCUCAGGACGCAGCUCAACACGGCGAAGGACAGUGUAUUGAUCCCAACAGCGCCGCCAUCAUCCACCGUCGACGAGAGGGCGGGCGGCAUGGCCUCCUGAGCUGCCUUCACACCUCAUAACGCCCGACAGCACACAGUUUGCACCCUCGCGCCUCUGUGACCCAUCAGGUGUGAAAGAUGCGUCUACGCCGGGAAGCUGCGGAGGCGGGGCAGACCACGGUGCUGCCCCCCACCGACAACAUUGAGCCGGAAAUCGCCAGCACGGAGGUUCCAAUGGAGGAGGUGGAGACAACUAUGGUGGAGGGACUCAGCGGAGGCGGCCUGGAGCGGACGGAGGAGACUGUCACCACGCACUCCCCCGGCGAGAUCAUGCAGGAGAUGGUGGAGGAGACGGCCGUGAAGAUGGGGAUCCCUGUGGCGGGGCUCAUCGCCAUCCUCGUGGGCGUGGGCGUGGUCAUCCUCGGCAUCUGUUUCUGUUGCAUCCGACGCUGCUUCAAGAAGAGACGCACCAAGAAGGGCAAGGAUGGCAAGGGCGCCGACAUGAAGAGCGUCCAGCUGCUCGGCUCCGCUUACAAGGACAAGGCGGACAUGGAAGAGCUGACGGAGAACGCGGAGGACAUGGCCGAGGAGGGGGAGAGUAAGAAGAGCGAGGAGAAGCUGGGACGACUAAACUUCAAGCUCGAAUACGACUUCAACUCCAACAGCUUGAGCGUGACGGUGAUUCAGUGCGAGGAGCUGCCGGCCCUCGACAUGGGCGGCACCAGCGACCCAUACGUCAAGGUUUACUUGCUGCCCGACAAGAAGAAGAAGUUCGAGACGAAGGUUCACAGGAAAACUCUAAACCCUGUGUUCAACGAAACCUUCACAUUCAAGCAGGUCCCCUACGCCGAUAUUAUGAGCAAGACCCUUGUCUUCGGGAUUUACGACUUCGAUAGAUUCUCCAAGCACGACCAGAUCGGUGAGGUGAAGAUCCCGCUGUGCCAGGUGGACCUGGCCCAGACGAUCCAGGAGUGGCGCGACCUGGUGUCCGUAGAGGGCGACGGUGGACAGGAAAACAAGCUCGGGGACAUCUGCUUCUCUCUGCGCUAUGUGCCGACGGCAGGCAAGCUGACGGUGGUGAUCCUGGAGGCCAAGAACCUCAAGAAGAUGGACGUGGGCGGUCUCUCUGAUCCUUAUGUGAAGAUCUGCCUCAUUCAGAACGGCAAGCGGCUCAAGAAGAAAAAGACGAGCAUCAAAAAGUGUACCCUCAACCCCUACUACAACGAGUCAUUCUCGUUUGAAAUUCCAUUCGAACAGAUUCAGAAAGUGAACCUCCAGGUGACCGUGGUGGAUUACGAUCGCAUCGGUACCUCGGAGCCCAUCGGCCGCUGCGUCUUGGGCAUGAACGCGUCGGGCACGGAGCUACGCCACUGGUCAGAUAUGCUGGCCUCCCCCCGCCGCCCCAUCGCCCAGUGGCACACCCUCAAAGACCCGGAGGAAGCUGACGCCAUCCUUACUCAGAAAUAAAGAGGGCGUGAGCAACAGCGCCAGCCACUCGCUUCUCGUCGGCCCGGAGCGGGGAGAGACGAUCAGUGGGCGGCAAUUCGAGGUUCGGCCACGCCUUGAUUCUGCCUCACCAGUUGUGCUUCAUCGAUGACUACAUGAGCCACGACCUCUUCCCUCCCUUCCUCUCACCCUUCCCCUCUCUCUCCCUCUCUCUCUCCUGUGUUACUAAUAGUUCAGUAGGUGAUGACGUAGCGAGGAUAUAAACAGUGGCCUGCCGGACGUAACAGCAGUGCAUAGGUUCGUCCGGCAUUGAUAUACAGUAAACAAACAAAAACAAUGUACAGCAAAGUCAACCGUAGAUUGUCUUCUCUCUUGUAGUCAAGGAGAUGUUUUCUGAUCUCCAUAUAAACAUUUUUAUUUUCAUCAUUAUUGUUCACGCUCGUCGCUGGAGUGUUGCCUCGCGCAGCCUCUCCGCGUCGUAUCGCUUGUCAUCCUUGUCAUCCUGAACCAAAGAGACUGUCUGAGGUGGUGUGCAGAAGCGUUUUCAGGCGCGAGGCCCACGAGGGAAAAGGGUUUAAAUGUGAUUUCAUCCAGUCCUGUCCCGCCUACGAGAUGGACCCACUUUCCAUGGCUGAGCGAAGCCGUAACUCAUGGUAGUAGUGUUCGCGCUGAAGAGCAUAUCGGCAAACAAGUCACAAAACGUUGGUGCAAGCCAAGUCUAUAUACACCAAGUCAAGUCACGCGCAGGUUUGUGGGAGGAGACACGGAAGAGGCGUGGUUUAUGCGUGACACUGCUUGGAGCCAAACUAGAGAAUGUAGAAACUGGGAUUUAGAGAAAACGAGGAAAGGCGGACUAAUUUAAAUCAAUCACUUCAACAUGCCCUCCCUCACACCCCACACCGCCGUUUGUAGUCAUUGAAAUUAGUCACGCAAUAGCACAAUAAAAAGACAUAUUUUUUCGUCAGUGGCUUGCCUGAACGCGCCGUGAAAGAAGGCGAGAAUGCACAUCCAGAGUGCACACACGGCCCCAACUUUAGUCACCCCUGAACUGGCGGGUAUUUUGGGGGGGGCUCGAAGUGACGUCAUCAAGCUGCUUCGCCCCAAAACCGCCUCCUGCGCGUACCGGUCACAGUUUCGAAGCAGAGUGACUUGACUUGGUAUAUAUAGACUUAGGACACAAGCUUCCUCUACAUGCGACCCCACAGUGGAUCCAGCCACAAUACUCACUGCCACCAGUUCAACUCAGUUCAUAGCUAUUAAAUGAUUCCCUAAAAGAAAGUGUGUUAGUCUCUGGCGGGCAGGAGGCGACCUUCAUCAUCAUAAUUUAACCUUGCAAUUCCUUCGUCCCUUCAGGAAACAUUCACGAAGACUCCCUCUCCCCCGACGCCUCCAGCCCCCCCACGGCCCUCAGUACCCACCUUCCCUCCCUGUGUUACGACUUGACGAGCCUUGUGGUACCUCCCCCCUCCACCAGCAGGAGAGUAAGCGGAGCAGGACUGAGGCUUAAAGGGGAGUGGGAGCGAGGUGGUGUCUGAAUAUACCCUUACUGCAUGUCUGUCUGUCUGUCUGUCUGUCUGUUCACAUAAGGUCCUGAUACCUGUAUUUACCAUGUAUAUACGUAUAGGCUGUCCCCUAUCUAAACAGGCCUCUAUUUCUUCUCUCUCUCCCUCUGUCUCACGUGAAUGCUAGUGUGCGGGUGUGUGCCUGUCCCUCCCCCUUUCCCCUCCCUCGACUUGCCGGAGGAGCGGAAGGGAGGGAAAAGACAAAGAAGAAAACGAUUAAAAAAAUGUAUAAAUAAGAGAAAGUCACCUUUUUUGCGUUGAUUAGUGAGAAAUAUUUCCCAUGUUGUUGUUGUUGUUCUUGUUGUUGUGUUGGUGCAUCCAGAGUGUGUGGCGUGGCCGGACGGCGGUGGCGUGAGAGCGACGAGAGGUCUAGAGUUAGAGGUUGGUUUUGUGAGAUGCUCCCAACCCUCACACCAAGUAUUUCCAAAGGCCAUAGAGGAGGUUAAUCGAGCUCUAAUGAGUGUUCUUUUAAGUUCACGGUACGGAAGAAGGUUCAGACUACCACCAGGGUCAUAAAAGUACCCCUGGAAAUGCCCUAAACUCCCACGAAAGACUAGUAAAUUACAUGUUCUUGGCCGCAGAAAUGUUGAAAAAUAUGGCUCAGAGUCCUAAGUGAACAGCGUGCCCACGGGGAUGUAGGCACGCACGGGCAAGGUGACCCGGGGCAGCUUAGCUCGGGUGUAGCGUGCUGGCGCGGCGCGGACAAAUGGCCAGUUUUACAGUCCAGGGGCCGGGUUCAUCAACUGACUACAAGACCGGCCGUUGGUAAGUCUUUCGUAAAUCUGUCCUCUACAAAUGAUCCUUGUGUUCAGGCUGCUCCGAUGAGACUGAAUGGAGUACUGGCCUGGUCGACAUUUCUUUCAUUGCCAUUGGAGACGCCUUAAGAUCAAGAGCGUUCCUUGAGGAUGGAGUUACCACAAGACUUAAGGAACUGGCCUGGUCGACACUUCCUUCAUUGCCAUUGGGGUCGCCUUAAGAUCAAGAACGUUCCUUGAUGAUGGAGUUACCAGAAGACAUAAGGUACUGGCCUGGUCGACAUUUCCUUCAUUGCCAUUGGGGUCGCCUUAAGAUCAAGAACGUUCCUUGAUAAUGGAGUUACCAGAAGACUUAAGGUACUGGCCUGGUCGACAUUUCCUUCAUUGCCAUUGGAGACGCCUUAAGAUCAAGAGCGUUCCUAGAUGGUCGAGUUACCAGAAGACUUAAGGUACUGGCCUGGUCGACAUUUCUUUCAUUGCCAUUGGAGACGCCUUAAGAUCAAGAGCGUUCCUAGAUGGUCGAGUUACCAGAAGACUUAAGGAACUGGCCUGGUCGACAUUUCUUUCAUUGCCAUUGGGGUCGCCUUAAGAUCAAGAGCGUUCCUUGAUGAUGGAGUUACCAGAAGACUUACGAACAACAGGUCUCGUCAGUGGUUUGAUGAGUCCGCCCUCAGUACAGCAAGUUUGUAAGCUCCCCAACCAAACACAAAAUACCAUGAACAUUCCUUGUAUAGUGUUUGGCUUUGAUAUAAAAAGAAGGGAACCAGAAAACCACACAGGAAGUCUCUUUAGUGUCUGGUACUGAGUAGAGAUAUCGGAUCAUUAUGGUGAAUCUAGUUUGAUGUCGGCGCUUACAAUGACUCCGUGUUGGACCGUCGAGCUGGCCCAAAGAGUGGUUGGUGCCGCCCAGCAGGCCGGACUUGUGUUGACGUGCGGGGAUGGCGCCAACCAAACAGUGGAGAGCAACAAGCGGGCCUGUGACCUUAUCGCCGUGCGGGUGUGGCGCGGCCCGAGCAGCGGCCAGGCAGCCAAGCAGGCCCAUCCUUCGUUUCCUUUGCUCCGGUAGGGCGCCGUCUCACAGCGGCGCUAUCGUUCACGCUAGCCAGUAAACGUUCCUUUGCGCGUUAGCCUGAGCCGUAGCAUUAUAUACUUCUUGCUUUUUUGAAACGUGGAAGGCAGCUGCACUUAUUACAGCUACCGACCUUUUCCUUUGGUUUCAUCACUUCCGGCGCAGUGGUGGUCAGGCGCAGGGCGCGCAGUUGGUCUGCGCGCCACGCCUGGCGCAGCGCGGAAGCACACCCGCCAGGGAGGCCGUGGGUUCCUCGUGCCAUAAUACAUGUAAUGUACGUACGUGUUUGCUGUUCACAUCCUGUGGUAGUGUACGUGGUCGCCUGUAUGUGAAUGUGCGUGUGUGUGGGGUGACCUUCCUCCUCCGUAGUGAGUGGACGAGCCGUGGGCUGCAUCCACACAGGGGGCGGGGAGAGGGAGGCAGGCCCAAGGAGCACUCUGUCUACCUCUCAGGUGGCACUGCUGGGAGGCGGGAGCCACGCUGCAGGCACCGGCAGCGUGGCACUCCCGAGCCUUCUGCCUCUAAUGGGUGCUUGUCACCUUAGCACCGUGCGACGAGUCCUUGAAGGCGCGGCAUUACGCAACAGGGACGAGCACACCGGCAAGGAAGGGCACAUGCUGGGAGUGAUACAGGCGGCAAGAUGUGCCGCCAUGCCUCGUGUUAAUGUUUACAUUCCGUGUUGCUGAGAGCCUGAGGAGCGUCGCGGUGCAGCGCGCGGCGCCUCCUGGUCUCUCUCUCUCUCUCUCUCUCUCUCUCUCUCUCUCUCUCUCUCUCUCUCUCUCUCUCUCUCUCUCUCUCUCUCUCUCUCUCUCUCUCUCUCUCUCUCUCUGUUUCUCUCAUAACCAAAUGCAUUAUUGCCUUUCCUAGCUAUAUCUAAACCAGUCUGUCUACUCUAUAUUUACAAGAAAGUAACCAAAGAUUUGUUGUGUGUGUGUGUGUGUGUGUGUGUGUGUGUGUGUGUGUGUGUGUGUGUGUGUGUGUGUCAUCAUAUUACAAAAUAAACCAAAGAUCUGUGUGUGUGUGUGUGUGUGUGUGUGUGUGUGUGUGUGUGUGUGUGUGUGUGUGUGUGUGUGUGUGUGUGUGUGUGUGUGUGUGUGUGUCUCUCUCUCUCUCUCUCUCUCUCUCUCUCUCUCUCUCUCUCUCUCUCUCUCUCUCUCUCUCUCUCUCUCUCUCUCUCUCUCUCUCUCUCUCUCUCUCUCUCUCUCUCUCUCUCUCUCUCUCUCUCUCUCUCUCUCUCUCUCUCUCUCUCUCUCUCUCUCUCUCUCUCUCUCUCUCUCUCUCUCUCUCUCUCUCUUCUACUACUACCACUACUAAUACUAAAACUAAUACUACGAGGGCAAAAAAGUAUCAGAUGUGUGUGUGUGUGUGUGUGUGUGUGUGUGUGUGUGUGUGUGUGUGUGUGCGUGCGUGUGUGUGUGUUAGCUAAGACAUACUGUGCUCACGGGAAGAAGUGACGUCAUUGAGUUUUCUGCCCCCGAAAUAAGCAGUAGUGUUAACCCUUCUAGCCAGCCCCUCUGCCUCGCCUCGGCCCCCCUCGCCUGGCCCGCCGCCCCCUCCCCUGCAGCAGGUGUGGGGGAGGGGGGGUGGCCGGAGGGGGGACGAGAGGGGGAGCGGGGAAAUUCUCAGGCUGCAGACCUUAGUGUCAUCUUAUGUAAUUAGUUGGUUGGUUUGUUUAGAACUGUACCGUCUGUCUGGGGUAGUUCCGCCCCCGCGCUGCCGAGGGCGUGUAAAAUAAUAAAAAAAAUACAUUAGUCAGAUACUACUACUACUACUACUACCACUACUAAUACUAAUACUAAUACUAAUAAAGUUCAGAAACUGGGA